AUGAGUGUCAACUCAUCAUGUUGGGGUUUGUUUGUUGAUAUUAAUAAUACUCUUUACUGUUCAAUUUCUGAGCAUAAUCAAGUAGUCAAAAUAUCAUUAAAUGAUUCUGUGAUGUCCUCAAAUCAUGUUACUGCUGGAACAGGUAUCCCAGGAUCAGCCUCAAAUCAGCUAAGAGGUCCUCGUGGAAUCUUUGUUGAUAUAAAUCUGGAUUUAUAUGUGGCAGAUUGUGAGAAUCAUCGAGUUCAAUUGUUUCAGUUAGGAGAAUCAAAUGGUAUUACAGUAGCUGGAAGGUUAACAUACCCUCCAACAACUUCACUUGAUUGUCCAAGUGGAGUUGCAUUAGAUGCUGAUAAGCACUUAUUCAUUACAGAUCAGAAUAAUCAUCGAAUUGUUUGUUCAAGCAUGAAUGGUUUUCGAUGUUUAUUUGGAUGUUAUGGAGUGGGUCCACAAUCCAACCAGUUGGAUAUUCCAUAUGUGAAGGUGACCGAAAGUGGUUACUAUACUUUUCGUGGCAGUGGUAGCAUUGAUCCAUAUGGAUCUAUUUACAAAAAUAAAUUUAAUCCACUUGAACCAUGGGAAAAUUUGCUCAGUCAAGAGUAUGCUCAUGGCUCUGAUAUUCAGUUUAAACUUGAUAUUUAUCUUGAUGUUGGCAUGAUAUAUGUAUUGGUUAUGACAACAUUUGGUUCAAAAGAAACUGGAGAAUUUUCGUUCGUUGUGUUGAAUCAAAAUGAAGUUAUUCUAGAGCGCCUUAGUACUCCAGUAGAUAUUCAAUUAAAGUAUUCAUCAAAGUUAAUCGAUGAUAGUCCAAUAUAUUAUCGAGAUUGUCAAGUACCACAAUGUCAUUAUGAAACAUUACAAAUUCAUGUUAAUACAACGGGUUUGUAUGUUCUUUGGAGUGAAAAUAAUAUUAAUGCACAUGGAUAUAUCUACCAAAAUGAUUUCAAUCCUCUAAAACCAUCUGAAAAUUUACUUCUAUCACACGGCGGUGAAUGUAAUGAUGAACAAUUCAAAUUAAUCAUUGAUCUCGAGAUCAACACUCGAUAUAUAUUAGUUGUGACAACACACGAUCCUAAGACAAUUGGGAACUUCUCUGUUUUUAUCUCUGGACCAAACAAUGUCAGUCUUAGUCCUUUCAGUCCAGAACAAAGUAGUUGUGUGAUCGGUAAUCAAUGCAACUUUUACAUCAAAGGAAUUGGUUUAACACUCGAUGAUAUUUUACGUGAUGAACUUCAACCGAACACAGUGUUGAGUAAUCAAUCGUUUUCGAUUAAAUUAAGUGCGGGUUUAACAAUAAUUAUGUUUGUCGCAGGAUUAAUCAAUAGCAUUCUCUCUUUUAUUACAUUUCAUCAUAAAGAUUCUCAGAAAGUUGGCUGUGGAAUGUAUCUACUGACAUCAUCGAUUACUUCUCUUUUGACAAUUAGUAUGCUCAUAAUUAAAUUCUGGUUUGUUGUUCUUACUUAUAUCAAUGUGUCUACUAAUCUCUCUGUUCUUCGUGGAGGUUGUGCAUCUAUUGAACCAAUUCUAAAACUCUUUCUCUACUUGGAUGGUUGGCUUAAUGCUUGUGUAGCAGUUGAACGAGCAGUACUUAUUUUUAAAGGAAUUUUAACACAGAAAAUGGCUAGUAAUAAUAUUGAAGGAUUGAAAGGUACUUGGGAAUAUAUUAAUGCAGAAAAUUUUAGUGAAUUAUUAAAAGAACUUGGAAUUAAUCAAGAGAUACGUACGUUUACAUCAGCUGAAACUUUUAAACCUCGUGUUAUAAUUGAUGAAAAAGAUGGAAAAUGGUCAUUGAAAUCAGAAAAUACUUUCAAAACAACAACAGUUGAAUUUACACCUGGAAUUGAAUUUGAAGAUAUAUCACCAGAUGGACAUGAAAUAACUAUGAUGAUUCAGUUUGAAAAUGGAAAAUGGAUUCAAAGAGUGCGUUAUAGAAAUGGAAAAGAAAUGUUUGUAAAGCGAUGGAUCAAUGAUAAAGAUCAAUUAGAAGUUAGUAUGCAAUGUGGAAAUGUUACAGCAACUCAAAUAUACAAACGUCUUACGUAA